GGAUCAAAAAUUUUGCCUGGUGGUUUCCAUGGGUUUUGGUGUAGUGAGGCCAACGCUUGGUGGCUUAACAUCCAAAGUAGUUCUGCUUGGUCUGAUAUACUUCAUUGCGACGGAGGCACUCGAGCUAGUAGAACAUUUGGGGAACAUUAAUGAUUUUUCUGGAAAAGCAAAGUUAUUUUUGGUGCUUCCUGUUGCCUUUUUGGAUGCUUGUUUUAUUCUAUGGAUUUUCUCAUCACUGUCAAAAACUUUGGAGAAACUUCAGAUGCGGAGAAACUUGGCAAAAUUGGAGUUAUACCGAAAGUUUACUAAUGCACUUGCCAUGUCUGUGUUGCUUUCUAUUGCUUGGAUAGGCUUUGAGGUAAUACUACUUCCUAGUCGGCAUAGGAUAUAUUAUUCAAUAAAUCCAUCAUUGCACUUUUAA